CCCUUCAGGUGCUUGGAAUGUGGGAAGAGCUUCAGGCUGAGCACCCACCUCCUCACCCACCAGCACAUCCACACUGGGGAACGGCCCUACACAUGUAGGGAAUGUGGGAAAAGCUUCAGGCAGAGCUCCAACCUGAUCCGACACCAGCACAUCCACACUGGGGAACGGCCCUACCAGUGUGGUGAAUGUGGGAAGAGCUUCAUGCAGAGUGCCCACCUCCACACCCACCAGCGCAUCCACACUGGGGAACGGCCCUACAAGUGCUUGCAAUGUGGGAAGAGGUUUCAGAGCAGCUCCAAUCUCCUCCUGCAUGAGCGGAUACACACAGAGGAGAGGCCCUUCCGCUGCACCGACUGCGGGAAGGGCUUCAAACACAACUCCCACCUCAUCAGGCACCGGCGCAUCCACACCGGGGAGAGGCCCUACAAGUGUGGGGAGUGUGGGAAAAGCUUCACCUGGAGCUGUUCCCUGACCCAACACCAACGCAUCCACACUGGGGAACGGCCCUACACAUGUAGGGAAUGUGGGAAGAGCUUCAGGUACAGCUCCACCCUGAUCAAACACCAGCACAUCCACACUGGGGAGAGGCCCUACAUGUGUGGGGAAUGUGGGAAGAGCUUCAUGCAGAGUGCCCACCUCCACACCCACCAGCGCAUCCACACUGGGGAACGGCCCUACAAGUGCUUGCAAUGUGGGAAGAGGUUUCAGAGCAGCUCCAAUCUCCUCCUGCAUGAGCGGAUACACACAGAGGAGAGGCCCUUCCGCUGCACCGACUGCGGGAAGGGCUUCAAACAGAACUCCACCCUCGUCACCCACCGGUGAAUCCACACCGGGGAGA